UCUACAGCCCAAUGCAUCCACCGCAAUUUGCUCUCCCGUAAACUCAGCCUCCUUUUGCGUUGCACAUCUCACCCUCCCUCCUAUUCUUAUCUGCCGCCGCCUUGGAUCGAGCUCCGGCAUGGGAGACGACUCGAUGCCUGCCACCACGCCGCUCCUAGAGGGCGCCGCCGCACGCCAGCAGUGCCUCGAUAGAACCCGCCGCCGGCUGUGCCCAGCCAGUCUCCUCUGAUCAUCCACAUCAGCUUCGCCAAGCCGUGGCUACCCUCCACACCCCACCCCGCGCCGUUGCAGGGCCACCAAGAAGCUCGCUGCUACCCGUCGGGCAACCCCUCCCCCAGCAGGCAUGGCGCCUCCUCUUCUCCAUUGACCCCCUCCAUAUUCCACUUGCUAGCGCGGCGAUCCAUACCACAGUGCGCGGGUCUCACACACCACAAGAAACAAGAUGGAGUGACCAUCACAGUGAUUAACGACGAUGCAGGCACAACCCCACGCGAAUGAGAGAAGGCGUCCUACCCGCGGCAUACUGCAGGAGCCCAAUCUUUCCUGUCGCACUGCCAUGAAGACCCCUGCCGUUGUCCUCACCGGUGCAUCCAUUCCAUCUAAUAAUUGGGAGCCUAAUGCAGGGGUCAUUCUUUCAUGCGACAACUAUCAUGUACCUGGUCAAGAGGCAGAGCAAUGUGAGGAUAAUUUCAAAAGAGCAUACGCUCAUCUAUCAGAGACUGGUCCAACUGAGAUAAGAAGCAAAUCAUCUGGAGCCAAAACACCUGAUGGCAGAUCAAUCAGCUUCAGAACAGACAGGCUACUCCGACAGAGUUCAUUGACUCUCAAGAAAUGGAUGAAGAAGGACAAGUUUUUUAUGGAAUAGUUUCCUAAGUGUACCCAUGACUGGCACAUAUACAAGGAGCAACAACAACGAGACUAUGAUAGAUGAAGUCUGGCAUGAUUUUUGUUAGACCUACGGUAGUGUUGUUUUGGUCAAAGUUGAGAAAGGACGGAAGGAUGACAACAUGUUCCUAAUAGUUGAUGUCAUCGAAAAGUGAAAGACAUUUUUUAACAGCAUACAUGUUUAUAUUUUUUCCCUUUUUUUAAAAAAAUAUAUUUUAUUUAUUUAUUUCCUUUUUUUCACUUUUUUGUAUGAACUAUUU